CUCCCAAUCGGGCGUGGUCCAUCAGGGUUGCGACGCAGGCGCGUAACUGCCGUUCGUUCGGCUGCACCCAACCGCGGCCCGCACGCGGGUCCCCCGGGCUUCGCGCGCCCCCUGCUGGCGGAGAGCAUGUGACGGAGUCGCUGUCGCCGGAAGCCGCGUUCGGGGUUCAGACCUGAUGCCUCCGGCGUGCGGCUGCUCGCUGACCGGGCCUGGACUCAGUUUCCCCCUGCCGCAGAGCGGGAGCCAUGCUGUCCUCUCUCCUGCUGCUCUCCAAGUACAUCAGCGCUUCGCGGGUGCCCCUGCGCGGCUCGCGCCCAGCUCUCUCCCUCCCGCUGCCGGGGGCCGGGGGGCGCCCCUGGAGGCCCGGGCCAGCGGCUGAAGGCGGCCGACGCCUGGCCGCGGCCGCGUCCACCGGGAGCCCAGCGGGGCUCUCCCGGGUGCGCCAGAACUUCCACGCCGACUGCGAGGCCGCCGUCAACCGUCAGGUCAACCUCGAGCUGCACGCGUCCUACGUGUACCUGUCCAUGGCCUUUUACUUCUCCCGGGACGACGUGGCCCUGGGCAACUUCGCCAGCUACUUCCUGCGCCAGUCCCGGGAGGAGACGCUGCACGCGGAGAAGCUGCUGCGGCUCCUGAACCAGCGCGGGGGCCGCAUCUGCCUGCAGGACGUCAGGAAGCCCGACACGGACGACUGGAGGAGCGGCCUGAACGCCAUGCAGUGUGCGCUGCUCCUGGAAAAGAACGUGAACCAGUCGCUGCUGGAACUGCACGCUCUGGCGGCGGACAAGGGAGACCCCCACUUGUGCGACUUCCUGGAAACCCACUAUCUCCCCGAGCAGGUCAGGUCUAUCAAGGAACUAGGUGACCACGUGCAGAACCUGGUUAACAUGGGGGCCAAGGAUUCUGGCCUGGCGGAGUACCUCUUCGACAAGCACAGCCUCGGAAAGGAAAGCCAUCAGAAUUAAGCCGCAGGCUCCCGCGCGGGAGGU